AUGGCUAUCGAGAGCCUGCCACAAGAGGUUCUCAUCAUAGUCUUCGAAUAUGUUCACGCCCUCGGUGCCCCAACCAGCCUUCUUUCCGGCAAAGCUACCAAAAUCCGUGAUCGGGGGAUGCUCGGACUAUCGCAAGUGUGCAGGCGUUGGCGACAGAUGACCAUCUCACUCAGUGCGCUUUGGGCAACCAAAGUCGAUGUAUCGUGUUGCUGUCUCGAACUGAACCGACUGGUCCUGGAGAGGGCUGGCUCCCGUCGGCUAAAGCUAUCCCUUCAAGAGGUCACUUCGCGCGAUGGAUACGACAACCUGCGUCUGUGGUUCCAGCAAUCUCAUCAUGGACGUAUCCAGUCGGUUGACAUACGAUGCUUGGGGGGCGGCGUCUCCCGUCUUUUGUCUAAGCGUAUCGGUCGAAAUCUCCCCUCCCUCCAAGAUCUCACGGUCAACCUCCGCAAUAACGACGACAAUCCAAACAGGUACGAUCGUAUAUCUCUGGUGACGCUUCCAAUUCGCUACGCACCCGUCUUGAAGAGCGUCACGCUACACAACUGUAUCCUACCCUGGAGUGCGAAUGUAUACUCGCAGAUAACGCAUCUUUGCAUUGACAUCAACGUCAGUUUCGAGACAUAUCAAACGCCUACGCACACGGAGCUGGACACUGUACUAUCGUCUAUGCAUCAACUCGUGGAGUUGUACAUACGGAACCUCUUCCCUGAUUACGUGUUCAUGCGUGAACCCCAGGUCGCAGUGUUGGCCAUUCGCCUUUCCCCCACCUGUGAGCGCGUGACGUUGGCGACCCUGAGCAUCGACGGCAUCGAUGCGGAGGACCAGAACUUCGAUAGCGGACAGCUGGCCAAGAGACUCGUACCCCCGAGCACGGCCACGUUCACCUUGGAGUUGACCUGUGGCGGAAGCCUAUUAGGUCCCGUGAGAGCGGUUUCUGGAUCGUCUCGACCUUCACGGGCUCUGAGUAUCCGUACGGACGAACACCCUCAUGAUACUACUGUGCACAUCGGUUUUGACGCGCCAACAUGGAUGCGAUCUCCGGCGGAUAUGCUCAACGCUACUCAAUUCCCAGGCCGGACGAUCUCUAUCGUAUUUCGAACGGAAGAUUGGCAGGCCGAGUAUCUCGGACCCGCGUCUCCGGCACGAAUAGCGCAUUCCUUCGUCACCCAACACGUCGAUGCGCUUAGAGCUCUUCAGGAGAUCGACAUCAGAGAACUUCAGCUUUUGCGUAUCGACGGACUUCGUCGCUGGACCGACCAACAGUAUCUCUUCGGGGGCGAGAGAGCGCUUAUGGUUCCCAGGACACAAGACGGCGCUCCCCUACUCGCAUCGGCGGAAAACCUUGAAGUCCUCAUUCUAUCUGAUGGAGCCGAUGUAGCCCUAUUGGAGGCGCUCACGACGGUCCCAUCCGGGAGACAUCAGCUCUUAUUUCUGCGGCUGCACACUCUCGUCUUGCGGUGGCCGCGACAUGAGCCCCACGCCGACGCCGCUCGAGCAGUCGUCAUAGACUUCUUCCUGAAGCGACGUGCGUUAGGUGCUCCAGUGAGGACUUUCCAAGUAGUUGCGAUGGAAGAUAGUCGGAAUGAGCGAUGGGAGGAACUGGAAGGGCUCACCGAGGUCAUGACGAGUGUGAUGCAAGGCGGUGCUGCGUCGGAUACAGGGCAGUAUUGA